UCUGAGCCGAAAAUAUCAUUACUAUUGCCUUGGCUAAUUCAACAACAUCAGUAAAUCUACUUAUUUUAACUGCUGAUUACUGUAUAAAGAUUAAAAAAGUUACACAGAAGUAAUAAAUUUCAGUGAGCAGAAUUAGCCUUUAAGUUUACAAACAACCAUAAAAAAUAAUUCAACUAGAUAAUUACACAAUCCAUUCAUAAAUUAAGACAGCAUGGCUUCAAAAAACUUCAAGAAGAAGUCAACUCCUUCAAAAAACAAGGGAUACGUUUCCCGAAUUUAUAGCGAGUACGAAUUAAUGUGGGAAUUAGGAAGGGGAUCGUUCGGAAUAGUUUGGGCUGCCAAGAGGCGUGGCACUUCCCCUAAGGAUCCCCCCUACGCGUUGAAACGAACAUUUCCGGUGGAUGACACUCAAGGAUUUGAUGACUUACGACUCAUGGAAAAAGAACUAGAAGCUUUAUCACAAUUGCGGCAGUACCAGCAUCCCAACGUGGUCGAGAUUAAUACAGCCGUGAUUGAGAAACCUCCGGAGGGUUGGGUGGAGGAAAAUGAUCCGCUGUUUAAGGAAUUUAUGAAAGGCGUACCCGAAGCUGAACUGCUCGACUCAUGCAACGGUUUCGGCGGGGCAGGCACAAUUUGUCCAGUGACCAUAGUCCAACGAUAUUGUCCUGGUGGGACGCUGGAGGAUUGGCUAAGAACGACCUGUCUUGCAGACAGAGACGCAGAUUUACUACUAAAUUUCGCCACACAACUUGCCGAUGGAUUAAGAUUUCUCCAUUAUAAAAACAUAAUCCACAGAGACCUGAAGCCGGGGAAUAUUUUUCUUAAAAAACUUGACGAAUUUCCAGGUCACGAGGAUACAACACUAAUUCGUUUGGGGGAUCUUGGCAUGUCCAAAUUUGUCCAACGAACUGAUCGCGAGAUGGAUACGAGAGGAACAAGGCUAGAUAAUCUUAACCUACGUGACGAUGUGACCAAUGCUUCAGCCGGAACUCCGUUAUAUCUCAGCCCGGAACAGGAAGCCGGUCUCUCGUACGGGUUCAGCGUUGACGUCUACGCCCUGGGCUUAAUCUUGGCUGAAUUAUUUCUCCCAUGUCCAGCUAAACCAAUCCUAUUAGAACUAAAAGACUACGCCGCCAAGAAAACGUCUACAUUCAAUCCUACCCUAAUUUUGUUUCCCGUCAUGGAAUUAAUUUUGAAAAUGAUGUCCACCUCGCCGCAAGAACGACCUUCUGCGUCCACCGUUCAUUCCGUACUUUUAGCGAUUUGGAGAGGCAUGCUGACUCUGCCGGUGCAUUAUUAUCCCACCACUUUGAAUACAACAAGUCGGCUUCCGAGCCCAUCUCCCGCCAGAGAAAGCGACAUCUGGCUGGAACGCCCCGAGUUAGAUGACCUGCUAAAAUCAUACCAAGAUUCAAGGGAACGCAUCUUUUUUCUUAGUGGACCAGCGGGAUCUGGGAAAUCUACGAUAGGAUUGCAAUUCGCGCAAAAAGUGACGCUAACAGAUGGCGGGACCUCCAUAAUUUGGAUUACGUUAAAUGAGGGAUGGGUCGUUAAGAACGAGUUAGAAGUGGUCGGGAGACAAUUACGCGCUAAUAUUUACCGGGACAGUGGUCAUCGUGUCGCGGUGUCAGAAUUUAUUUACCUCAUUAAUGACGCUUUUCGCGAUCAAAAAUGGAUCUUUAUUCUGGAUAACUUCAAUAGCGGUAAUCCCUUGGAGCAUGCAGUACUACUCGAGUUGAUCAGAAUACAGCAAGACAUAACCGUUACGAACAAACCAUUCGUUCUAAUAGUCACGAGAAAACAAUACCUUUACCAAACAAUACUAUCCGAACGACUGCAUUAUAUUACAGAGAGAGAAUUUGGCCCAAUAUUUACUGGUUCAAGACUACUUCAAAAAUCUUGGCGUCAUAUCAACCCUUCCAUUAAUUUCGUAGAGAUCCAAAUCACCGGAAGUUCCGUGUUUGGUAUGGAAUAUCUCUCCAGGCGAUUAAACCUUCCACAAUCAUUGUUUCAUGGAACGCUUUUCAAGCUGGGCCAACUUCUAGGCUGGAACCCGCUAUGUCUCCAUUUGGCGGGAUGCACUAUUUCCUCUCUGCCCUUAAAACCGGAACUAUCAUGUCAUCCUCCCCCGGUUGUACAAAACUUGGAAACAUAUAUCACGUCAUUUAUCAAUCUUAUCCAAGAAUUUUACGGAGAAUUUAAAAAAGUUCCUAAUUUCUACCGCUUCGAGGAAUACGCCCCCUCGUACACGGACGACUACAUACCUUUGAUAGUAUUACAUCUCACAAUGUGCCAGAUUGAGGAGGCUCUAUCUUCUGAGCAAGAAUUACUUAAAAUGGUUCGUUUAAUACAGUUAGAUAUACUUUUCCUUGGAAAUUCUCUUCCAAUAGGAGAAUCUUAUAUGUUUCAAUACUCAAAUCCCGCAAUGAGCAAACAAGAAAUUGAUGCUUUAGAAUGCAAAGCUUACAAAAUUCUCGAAUCGUUUGGUUUCCUAGAAAAGUGUGAAGAAAAGCGAAAAUAUUUCCAUGUUUGUGGAGAAUUUAUAACAGGAUUGACGAAUCAUACCAGUCGUGAUGAUUACGAUGAAGAAAUGAAUUUCCCAGUAAAACAGGAAGGGAGAGGUGUCAGGCGAUAUAAUUUAGAUGUUUGACGCGAUUAUUAGUCACCACCUUGACCUCAUAAUGACCUUGCUGAAUUAUGUACGUUGGACGUAAACCGUUCUCAUAAAUACUUAAUUACAUACAUAUUUUUACCAUAAAUAUGUAAAGUUUUACAAUUUUUUGCUCAUUUCAAAGCUUGAAUCAGAUCAUUAAUUGAAUUAUAUUUGGCUAAAAUACACCGUUGCACAAAACGGUUUUUGAGUCCUACUUGUACAUUUACAUAUGAAUUUUUAUAUAUUUAUUUACAUAAAUACCAAGCUUGUGCACAUUGUCAAAGUGAAACUAUCUAAUAAACAAUAUUAAAUUAUAAGUUUAAAUGAAAUAAGUAUUUAGUACACAAA